AUGUCCAAACGUUGGUCUUGCGGCAGUUUGGGAGAAGGAUUCAAUCAAGUCAUGGACGACGCUUUGGCUGCCGAUGAAGCUGCAAUCCAGAAGCAAAUUCAGGAUAUCGAAGGUCAGAUUGCCGCUAUCUCUCUUGAACUCGGUGACAAGACUGUGGACAAGGAAGAUGGUGUGUCCAUCGAAGUCCCGACUCCGAGCACAGUUCCAGGAGAUACUUCAGAGGCCACUUCUGAUGCUUCGGAACCUACUUCAGGAUCAGCACGUCCAAAGGACUUUGAAUAUGAGAACGCAGUUGAUGAUGGGUACUACUUUGUGGGUGAUGGACCACAAGAUGAUGAAGUAGCUGUUCAUGACCUUUCCGUCCAACUGGCUCUUGCGCUUGGAGGGGACCUCAAAAUGAAGGAAGAAUCACUUGACACAGAUCAGGGGCCAGUUGCCGAUACUUUGGAUGGUGAAUGCAACCCAGCCCCAGACUCGAAACCGACUAAAUCCCGGCUCACCCGUCGUGAGCUUCUCCGCAAUGCUGCUAAAGCUAGGAUUCGGAGAAUGGUCGCCAACAAGAAGAAACGGAGUGAUUUGCAGUGCCCUCCAUGGCUGAAAGCUGAAUGGGAGAAAGGAACUGAGCAAAAGGAGAACAUGGCCGCAUGCCUUCAGGCAGUCAACUGGGACAAGGCCAAAUUCAUAGAUGAAAUGGAAAGGGUCGUGACUUCCCGCAAGAAGAUCAUAGUGAAGAAGGAGGAAGGUUGGUAUUCCGAAGCCGAGAUGAAAUCUGACUUAUGUUGGCAGCAGUCGCGAGUGACCGGAGCAAAGGCCUACUGCACGGAUCCAAAACGGCAUGCCACCCAUACCCGGCCAGGGCCCCAGCUGGAUGGACUCGAAGGUUUGCAGGUCCAAACGCCAAACAGUUUGGCCUUAGCACACCAGCUCAGGACAAACGUAUAUGACAAUAUUGUGGAGUAUUGGGUGACAGUUCGAGAACAUGGAGCCUACGAAGAGGAACAUGAAAUUUUGGAAAGAAAGAAGUCGACUCGGAAGGCAGAUGAGGCUGUCGAGAUUUCCCCCGGUACUUUUGGCCAAGUCCAAGCCCUAAUGGAUCGCGGAGCCCUUGAUGGGGCGGAUGAUGCGAACAAGGAAUUGCCCGAUGGAAAAGUUGCUGAGAACAAAGCGCACUUCAAGCGAUUCAUGGACUCCGUCCUUACCAAAUCCACGAAGCUGAAGGGACUUGUGAAGGACUUGAGGGACAAUUAUGAGAAUGACACCGCGAAGCAGUACAUCAGCCAGCUUGAACAACAUGUCUCGAAGCUUGAGAAGGAAUACGAUGUGUUGACAGAGACCAUGGCCAAAGGGGAGAAUUCCAAGUAUGAUGCUGCGUGGUGGAAUCUGGCCCAUGAGGCCAUGAAAAAGGUGACUUUUGUGUCCAGUCGGGCCACUGCCGAAGAGCAGAAAGUGCGGUUCGGACCUCAACACAUUCCAGGUGCAUGCACGUCAGUGCCCAUGCUAUUCUCGCCCAGGAAAUCCAAACAGUUUCUGACCAAGAUGUCCAGCCCUGGUGCUGGCCCUGGCCUCCGACGCUUUGUCCAUGAAAUUGGCGAAGGGGUUCCCGUGGCAUGCGCAGUGGCAAUUCGUACUGCCAAAGCAGUCGUGGAGGAGGUCCCUAGCGCUGCCCAAAGCAGUGUGGCAUCUCUAGCCGCAUGUCGUGAAAACAACAGUGAGAGAGACACAGGGCGUGUAGCAAAAAGAUUCGGUUUGAAGCUGCCUAUUCCUUUGAGCAGAGUUCAGCUUGGGAGCGAUGAGAUUCCUUUCCUGAAAAUGAGUGACUGGGCUACUUUCAUCCUUCAGGCCCAUCUCUGGCACAGGCUGUGUGGCUUGACAGAUCGUGACCAACAGCGAUGUUGCGACAUUUGGCAAUCUUUCUGGACUAGGUACCAGAAAAUCGAGCCGAACCAUCCAAUUUACAAGCGCCCUGGCCACGAUUUGUCGAGAACUUGUGCACUCUUGCUGCACGGAGAUGAGGGAAGGUCUUUGCGGAAAUCAGCUCUGAUGGUUAUAUCAACCCAUUCCAUUUUGGGUUUUGGGCUUUCAACUUCCAAGCAUGAGAAGAAAUCGAAGCGCUUGGCUCAGAAACUCAAUUAUGAACAGCCUACUUGGACAACCCGAUUUUUGCUUUCAGUUCUUCCAAAGAGCUACUACAGUGAAGAAGACGAUGCUGCUUUGGAUUCCGAUCCUUUCCAGGACCUGAUGGAUGCGAUUUGCAUUGAUUUACGGAGCUUGUAUGACAACGGGAUAGAAACCAAGGAUGGUCGUUUCUAUUUCUGCGUUGUCAAAGUGAUGGGCGAUUGGCCAUUCAUACAAAAAUGUGGAUCACUAUCCCGUACAUUCAUGAACAUCUCCAAGGCUGCCAGUAGCCGUGCCCCUCCGAAGGGCAUUUGCCACUUGUGUUGCGCUGACAUGACAGGCGUUGAGUGGGAAAACUUCCACAUCCGUCCUCCAACUUGGGUUCCGACAGUGAAUACUUUGAGUGCAUUUUUGACACUGCCAAAAGUCUUGCAGCUGCCAAUGGAAGAAUCUUUCAGAGAAAAUUUCUUUUGCUUCGAUUUGUUUCAUGCAUGGCACCUCGGAGCAGGGAAGACGUUCCUGGCAUCUUGCUUGGCAGUUUUGGCCAUCAGUUCAGCAUACCAAGGGAGCGUCGAGAGCAGGUUGGAGAAGUUGAAUGCCGAGUACAUUCAAUGGAAAAAGGCCACAGGUUUCACUUGCCAGCUCAGGAGAAUCAACAGGGCCAAACUGGGAUGGUCGGCAACAACGGUAUUCCCAGCCGGCACAUGGUCGAAGGGAAGCACCACCACAUGUUUGAUGCGUUUCUUUUUGGCAAUGUGCCAGAAGCAUGGUGAGCACGUCAAUGGUGAUUUGCUGCUUCGAUUCGCUUUUGGUGCGGCCAAACAAAUGGAUUGUUUUCUCCACGGUCUUUACAGCUGGGAGUUGUGGAUUCCAAGCAAUGCAGCAAAAGAAAUUGCUGUCUCGGGCGCCAACUUUUUGAAAUUGCAUGGGAAAGCUGUGCAGAUUGCCCACAGUCAAGGCCAACUUUUUUUUCUGCUGAUGCCAAACUUCCACCGAAUCGACCAUUUGGUGUGGGACAUGGAAACCCAGGCUGCCAAAACCAAUUUUGUUCUAAAUCCUUUGUAUUGUGCAACCCAGAGCGACGAAGACUUUAUCGGGAGACCCUCCCGGCUAAGCCGGAGGGUCUCCCCGAGACUCACAAUACAAAGAACCCUUGAGCGUAGUCUUGUUGCAGCCUACGCGCAGUAUGUGGAGAUUGGUGCCCUGGUUUUGAAAGCCUGAAGAAAUUUAGAUUGAC